AUGUUGGGAGUCCGUCCGCUCCUGCGAGCAGCGGCCUCAGAAGUAUGUGGUGCUAAAGCGCGUAUUCCUCACCAGAUCUUUCCUAGCCGACUAGCAUCGACAUGGAUGCAAGAUACAGACAAAGCCUCCACGAAGAGUGAAAACCGCCGACUAUCUGGCCGCAUCCAUAUUCUCGGAGUUGGAAAUGUUGGCACAUUUGUCGCCCAUUCGCUCGCGAGCCAGCCCUCUCCACCACCCAUCACUCUUCUUUUCCACAAUCCGGGGGUUCUCUAUGCUUUUCAGAAACGGAAACAGUGCCUGGCCGUCAAUAGCGCUGGCCUAGACGACAUCAAGACUGGCUUUGACGUCAGUGUCCUCUCCGACGGAACUUGGUACUCGUUGCCUUAUGGAGCCGAAGGGAAUAAUGCGCCGGCGGAUGAUACCGAACCAAUUGAGUGUUUAAUAGUCACCGCCAAAGCACCUGCAACUGUAGCUGCUCUGCGAUCUGUACAGCACCGAUUGACACCCGAAUCUACCGUACUGUUCAUCCAAAACGGCAUGGGGGUUAUUGAUGUAGUAAACAAGAAAGUUUUCCCGGAGCCUACACUCCGUCCACACUACAUGCUUGGUAUCGUCAGUCAUGGCCUUGCUCAGCGACAGGAUAGGUUUCAUGUCACGCACACAGGGGUGGGCACAACGAUCCUAGGUCCAGUGCCAUCACAAAACUCCGGAACCCUGACAUCAACCGACAAGGAGCCAGACUGGGCCCCGAGUACCAAAUAUUUACUGCGCACAUUGACACUUACGCCGUCUUUGGUUGCUGUUGCGGAGACCCCUUCCUCUAUCAUGCUAUAUCAGCUGGAGAAACUAGCCAUGAAUUCCAUUAUCAAUCCAUUGACUGCAUUGAUGAACUGUCGAAAUGGCGAAAUCUUGUAUAACUAUAGCUUCACGCGCGUGAUGAGAUUACUUCUUUUUGAGGUCUCCAGCGUGAUCUGCAGUUUACCAGAGCUGCAAGGCAUACCUGGGGUCGAGGGUCGCUUUUCUCCGGAGCGUUUGCGCGGGAUGGUAACGCAGCUUGCAAACAAAACCGCCAAAAACCACAGUUCCAUGCUGCAGGACGUGCGAUCCAACAAAACAACAGAGAUCGAGUUUCUAAACGGAUACAUUAUACGACGGGGUGAGGAACUCGGCAUAAAAUGCGUGGCGAACUACAUGAUCAAACACCUUGUGCUUGCAAAACAACGAGAAUCACGGCAGAAGGAUCUCAGCGCUAUUCCUAUUGACAUCACAGAUGACCCCAAGAACAGGGGGUCUUGA